UUGCUUCCCUUUUAAAAGUAAAAGAAAAAAUAAAUAAGUUUUGGCCCCUUUUAUUUAUUAGAUAUUAUAAUCCUAAUAAUAAAAUAAUAAAACGAUUGAUUAGGCCUGUCAGACUAACUUGAUUCAUUGAUAUUUUUUUUUCAUCGAGAUUCAGUUGAAAUGGGGAUGGUUUUUUCUUGUUCCUGAAUGGGCUUCUUCCUUUUUUUAUUCCGUUUUUUUAGGUUUAUGCUCUACUCCGAGUAAAAGGAAAAAUUUGCCCGAUUUUGAUUUGCACAUAUAGGACAAAUGAACCAAAUACCGCGUCUUUUUUUUUUUUACUACUCCUUCUUUUUUUUUCAAUUCAUUUCUUUCACAUGUCUUCUGUCAAAUAGUCAAUAAAUUUUUAAUUAUAUUAUUUUAUUUGAUCAACAGUUUUAGAUCACCCUGUUUCAAUUUUUUGUAUUUUUUUUAUUUUUUAAUAGAAUUUUUAUCAUAAUUUUGAUAUCAUAUUCAUAUCAUAUUAAGUAGUAAUUAUAAAAAUAUUAUAUAUUAAUUAUCAAUUGGAUUUUUGCUAAACGGAGCCUGGAUACUUAAUUUUAUUAGUCCGAUCACGUAAACCAUAAAAAAUUUUUGAUAAUCUAAUAUCAAUCUAAAUACUCCCUGCAUUUAAUUCUAAUUUAUUUUUUGCGCUUCGCGUUACAAAUUUUUGAUAAUUCAAUCAAUCUUUUUGAGCGAAACAGAGGAUAUCUCGAUCGAGGGAGAAAAUGGGGAAAUCCCAUAUAGCCCAAUAUAUCUGACAAGUCGCACUAUAUGUCAACCCAAGAUGUAUCUCCUUCUCCAGGACUUCGAAAAGGUACUUUUGGAACGCCAAUAGGCAUGAAAUGAAAAAAAAAGAGAAUGAAGUUCUCUAUUUCACUUUGAUGUGGAAACGUAAGACUGGGGUUUCAUUUUUUUUUAUCAUAUUAUCCUUUUUUCCUACUUUAUUAAUAUUAAUCAUAUUUAAAUUAAUCAUAUUUAAUACAGAAGUUGAAUAAGCUAAAAUAAAAUAUAAAAUAAAAGUAAAGUAAGAGAGAAUGAAUAAAAAUUAAAGGAAACUUUUUACGAACGGGCUUCUGAACAACAAUAGCUAUCUUGGUUCAUAUAACAUAGGAUUCACCCCCAUUGCGUAUUGGUACUUAUCGGAUAUAGAAUAGAUCCGCUUCCCUUUUUUCCUAUGAAUCGAAUUGUUCCAUUAUUACUAACAGAAUAGAACAAAUAUUAAUCCUUUCUCCGAAAUAAUUACCUAAAAAGGGGGGGUCCGUAACAUAGUUUUUUCCAAUGCAAUAAAGUUACAUAGUGUCUAUUUUUCAUUGAUAAAGGGGUAUUUCCAUGGGUUUGCCUUGGUAUCGUGUUCAUACUGUUGUAUUGAAUGAUCCCGGUCGUUUGCUUUCGGUUCAUAUAAUGCAUACUGCUCUGGUUGCUGGUUGGGCCGGUUCCAUGGCUCUAUAUGAAUUAGCUGUUUUUGAUCCCUCCGACCCUGUUCUUGAUCCAAUGUGGAGACAAGGUAUGUUCGUUAUACCUUUCAUGACUCGUUUAGGAAUAACCAAUUCAUGGGGCGGUUGGAAUAUUACAGGAGGGACUAUAACGAAUCCGGGUCUUUGGAGUUACGAAGGGGUAGCCGCAGCACAUAUCGUGUUUUCUGGCUUGUGCUUCUUGGCAGCUAUUUGGCAUUGGGUAUAUUGGGAUCUAGAAAUUUUUUGUGAUGAACGUACAGGAAAACCUUCUUUGGAUUUGCCCAAGAUUUUUGGAAUUCAUUUAUUUCUUUCAGGAGUGGCUUGCUUUGGUUUUGGCGCAUUUCAUGUAACAGGAUUAUAUGGUCCUGGAAUAUGGGUAUCCGACCCUUAUGGACUAACCGGAAAGGUCCAACCCGUAAAUCCGGCGUGGGGCGUGGAGGGUUUUGACCCUUUUGUUCCGGGAGGAAUAGCCUCUCAUCAUAUUGCAGCAGGGACGUUGGGUAUAUUAGCGGGCUUAUUCCAUCUUAGUGUUCGUCCGCCUCAACGUCUAUACAAAGGAUUACGUAUGGGAAAUAUUGAAACCGUCCUUUCCAGUAGUAUUGCUGCUGUCUUUUUUGCAGCUUUUAUUGUUGCUGGAACUAUGUGGUAUGGUUCUGCAACUACUCCCAUCGAAUUAUUUGGUCCUACUCGUUAUCAAUGGGAUCAGGGAUACUUUCAACAAGAAAUAUAUCGAAGAGUUAGUGCCGGACUAGCUGAAAAUCAAAGUGUAUCAGAAGCUUGGUCUAAAAUUCCUGAAAAAUUAGCUUUUUAUGAUUAUAUUGGUAAUAAUCCAGCAAAAGGGGGAUUAUUCCGAGCGGGUUCAAUGGACAAUGGGGAUGGAAUAGCUGUUGGAUGGUUAGGACACCCCGUCUUUAGAAAUAAAGAAGGGCGUGAACUUUUUGUACGCCGUAUGCCUACUUUUUUUGAAACAUUUCCGGUUGUUUUGGUAGACGGAGACGGAAUUGUUAGAGCCGACGUCCCGUUUAGAAGGGCAGAAUCUAAAUAUAGUGUCGAACAAGUAGGUGUAACUGUUGAGUUUUAUGGUGGUGAACUCAAUGGAGUAAGUUAUAGUGAUCCCGCAACUGUGAAAAAAUAUGCUAGACGGGCUCAAUUGGGUGAGAUUUUUGAAUUAGAUCGUGCUACUUUGAAAUCCGAUGGUGUUUUUCGUAGCAGUCCAAGAGGUUGGUUUACUUUUGGGCAUGCUUCGUUUGCUCUACUUUUCUUCUUUGGACACAUUUGGCAUGGUUCUAGAACCCUCUUCAGAGAUGUUUUUGCUGGUAUUGAUCCAGAUUUGGAUGCUCAGGUGGAAUUUGGGGCAUUCCAAAAACUUGGAGAUCCAACUACAAAAAGACAAGCAGUCUGAUGCAACAUUGCUUUUUUCUUUUAGUUUCUGUUUGCGAUUUUUUUGAUUUCAUUUAAUAGGUAGGGUACUGUAGGAAUCUUGAUUUAAAUCGCUGCCGUUUCUUUGACUCUUUUUUGUUCUUUAUCCGGAGGUAUACUCCUUCAGUAAACAUAAACAAAACAGGUAUGAAAGCUAUAAUUGUAAACCACGAUCAAAUUUAUGGAAGCAUUGGUUUAUACAUUUCUCUUAGUAUCGACUUUAGGGAUCAUUUUUUUCGCUAUUUUUUUUCGGGAACCGCCUACAAUUUCAACUAAAAAAUGAAAUAAUUUUUCAUUCUCUUCAUUGACGUAAUCAGCCUCCAACUAUUUGGAGGCUGAUUACGUCAACUAGUCCCCGUGUUCCUCGAAUGGAUCUCUUAGUUGUUGAGAGGGUUGCCCAAAGGCAGUAUAUAGAGCAUACCCAGUAAAACUUACAAGUAACCCAGAUAUAAAGAUGGCGACUAGAGUUGCUGUUUCCAUUAUUAUAUAAUUGAAAGACCACAAUGGAUCUAUGCUAAGAUCGUUUAUUUACAACGGAAUGGUAUACAAAGUCAACAGAUCGUAAUGAAUACAAAAUAAGAUUUAUGGCUACACAAACUGUUGAAGAUAGUUCUAGAUCUGGUCCAAGAAGCACUACUGUAGGGAAGUUAUUGAAACCGUUGAAUUCUGAAUAUGGUAAAGUAGCUCCUGGAUGGGGAACGACCCCUUUGAUGGGUGUUGCAAUGGCACUAUUUGCGGUAUUCCUAUCUAUUAUUUUGGAGAUUUAUAAUUCCUCUGUUCUACUGGAUGGAAUUUCAAUGAAUUAGACUGAGAAGAAUCUUGAAGUGCUAGCUUUUUGUUCGAUACAAAAAAGUAAAGUAUGUAGGUCUAAAAUUUUGCACCUAUUCUCCUUUGGUAGUUCGACCGCGAAAUUUUUUUCUGCAUUGUAUAUUUCCGGAAUAUGAGUAAAGUUUAUGAUUGGUUCGAAGAACGUCUUGAGAUUCAAGCGAUUGCAGACGAUAUAACUAGUAAAUAUGUUCCUCCGCAUGUCAACAUAUUUUAUUGUCUAGGAGGAAUUACCCUUACUUGUUUUUUAGUACAAGUAGCUACGGGAUUUGCUAUGACUUUUUAUUACCGUCCAACUGUUACUGAGGCUUUUGCUUCUGUUCAAUAUAUAAUGACUGAAGCUAACUUUGGUUGGUUAAUCCGAUCAGUUCAUCGAUGGUCGGCAAGUAUGAUGGUCCUAAUGAUGAUCCUGCACGUAUUUCGUGUAUACCUCACCGGUGGUUUUAAAAAACCUCGCGAAUUAACUUGGGUUACUGGUGUGGUUCUGGGUGUAUUGACCGCAUCUUUUGGUGUAACAGGUUAUUCUUUACCUUGGGAUCAAAUUGGCUAUUGGGCAGUCAAAAUUGUAACAGGUGUACCUGACGCUAUUCCGGUAAUAGGAUCGCCUCUUGUAGAAUUAUUACGCGGAAGUGCUAGUGUUGGACAAUCCACUUUGACUCGUUUUUAUAGUUUACACACUUUUGUAUUACCUCUUCUUACGGCUGUAUUUAUGUUAAUGCAUUUCUUAAUGAUACGUAAGCAAGGUAUUUCUGGUCCCUUAUAAAUAAUAUAGAUUCUAGAUAUUUUUAAUUACUAAUUUAUCUUAUUACUUGGUGAAGGAACAAUCGUAUUUUAUUGCUAUAAAUAUGGAUUAUUAAAAAAAUAAGACAUGUAUUUGGAUAUUUCCCUUCAACUCCACAAUAUUGUAUUAUUUUUUUGACAUAAAAAGUUGAAGGGAAUUCUAUGAAGAGAAAAUGGAUUAUGGGAGU